CGGGAGGUCAUUUUCCACAAAUGGAUUCUACAGAGAUUGAAAUACGUAACAAGAUCGUAAAGGACAGGUGAUAGAUCUUUCCAGUUGUAAAGAUAAAACUUAUCUAUAAACCAAGAAAUUAAGAAACGACUGAUCACGAUUCUUUUACAUUCACAAGUGCCAGGCAGGUCAGAAUGACGGGAAAGUUGGAGAGUGGUGUAGAUGUGAAACAUGGCCUCGGUAUCCUUACGGCAGCUAUUUUCAUUUCGGGUGAAAUGGUCGGGAGUGGGAUUCUUGCUUUACCAAAAGCUAUAGUCGAUGCUGGUUGGUACGGGUUCCUGCUUCUGAUUAUAUUUGGCCUGAAUUCAUGCUACUGCGGUGUCAAGCUAGGCCAAUGCUGGGAAAUAUUGGAAGAAAGAUUUCCUGAAUGUAGGGGAAUAAGCAGGAAUCCAUAUCCUGAUAUAGGAGAGCGUGCAAUGGGAGAGUUCGGCAGACAGUGCGUAAGUAUCUGCAAUUACUUUACACUUUUUGGUGUAGCAACUGUAUACCUACUUCUGGCUUCUCAAAUGACGCAUACGCUGUUGAAAGAUUAUGUCCAGGAACUGACAGUUUGCGUUUUAAUUUUAAUUUUGGCUAUUGUUCUAACACCUCCUACGUGGCUCGGUUCACCAAAAGAUUUCUGGAUAGUAGGAGUUUUCGCCCUAUCGACAACUCUCAUAUCCUGUCUCCUUAUUUUCGCUCAGAUGAUUAUUGAUUAUAACAACAUGAGUAACACAGCGGUUCACAAAGAACCUGCUCUUAUCGACAUCUUCACAUCAAGCGGAACCAUAUUGUUCUCGUUCGGAGCUGCAUCCAUAUUUCCUUCAAUACAAAAUGAUAUGAAAAAUAGGAAAAUGUUUAAGUACAGCGUUACUUUAGCCUUUAUAGUUAUAUUGGCGCUGUAUCUGCCUAUGACGAUUUUAGCUUAUGUAAUAUACGGAGAAGCCAGUGAAGAUAAUAUACUAUUAUCUCUAAGUCCUUCUCUUUUAGUCACGUGUGCAAAUAUACUAAUGACACUGCAUACCAUCAUGGCAUUUCUGAUAUGCAUUAAUCCAGUAUCAUUACAGACAGAAAAUAUUCUGAAAAUCCCUCAUGAGUUCGGUUUCAAACGAUGCCUUCUUCGAACAGCAAUUGUUGGACUGAUUGUUGUCGUUGGGGAAACUAUGCCUCAAUUUGGUAAAAUUCUGGCACUCAUUGGAGCUUCUACUACCACACUUUCAACAUUUAUAUUUCCAAACAUCUUUUACAUUAAGCUCUGCAACCAACGAGGGGAUAAUUCUAAAAGGAUAAUUACAAAACCAGUAAUGCUAUACUUAUGGUUACUUAUUUUGAUUGGAGUCAUUGGAGGAAUAGCAGCAACCUACUCUUCGAUUAUUUCUAUGUUUGGACCAGAUUCAUUUACCAAACCUUGUUAUUGGCCUGAUUGAGACACUGGUGGUCAUAUAAGGAAUAGAAUAUUGUAUAAAGAAAUAACUGAAAAGGAGAAACUUCUAAGACAACACAGAGCAGUUUCAUGCUCCAAAGCAUAAAUUCAAGGAGGCAUUUGUAAAAAUCUCAAAUUUACUCACAAUGUAGAUGAGUGGAAUGCAUUUACUCCAUUGUUCGAGCAAGAGAGAUAGAUCUGAAGACAUGUUAAGUGCAACUGGAGUCAAUACAACAAUUUGAUUUCAGUUUAAUACAUGUUCUACCAUUAUUUGCAUGUUUUAAACAGUCUGUUAAGAGUAAUUAAAUAAAUGAUGUUCCAACCGCAACACAAGUUACAGACUAAGAAAAAAUAUCACUAGCUUUUUAAAGGAGGAAAUUACCAAAAUGUUAGUCUCCAAAAAUGUGUAAAAUAUUCUAAUCUACAAUUCAGGAAGAGUUCUCCCUAUUCAAGAAUAUUCUCAGAAGAGAAGGCAACUGAAGAAAAGUAUCUAGUUUGAGUAAAAAUGGAAUACAAUUAUGGCUAUAGGAUCUCAUUUAUAAUAGCUAAACUUAUAGUAACAAUGGUGAUAAGAGUUCACUAUCAAGUGGAUAGUAUCUGGUUUAGAUUAGGUAAAAAUUAACGCCAUAAAUAACAACCACAAACAAACAUUAAAAUUCUUUGCUAUUAAACAAAAUUUAUAUUUUUAUAUUCAAUAGGUCAAUUUGAAUAUAGGGUCAACAAACUAUAGGUGUGUAAGAAAAAUAGGAAUUCCACUAACUAGGUAAAACAACCUAUGAUACUGAGGCGAUCAAAAUCAUUUUAAUUAUAUUAGUUAGAAAUAUUUCAGAAACAGCACAUGUGGUUUUUAUCAGUUUUGAGUUGAGACUUAUUCUGAAUACAUUGUUCACUGACAUCAUUUAAUGCAAAAAACAACUAGCAUAAAUAGUGUUAACAUUGAUAGUUUACACUAUAUAUUUUUUGAAGACUUAUCAGUGAAAUUUUUUUUCUUCAAAAUUGUAAAAAUGAUACAUGCAUUGUUUUUUAAAUAACUGAUUACAUUAUUUUGUCGCUAUUUACAUAUAUGGAAAUAAAAAUGGUUUUUAUUACCAAAUUUGUAACAUAAAAUAUAUUUUUACUUUUACUUACCUAUGUAUGAAUCAUCGCUACUGUUAGUGUAAAAAUGUUGUAUAUAAAAUUUGAGUUUUUUUACAUAACAUAAAAACUGAUUAUUUCUUUAUGAUUUAUUAAUAUAAUUUCAUAUUUUAUUUCCCUAUUUAGCAGACUACUUAGAGCAUUUACAGAAAACAAAAUGUCACCUUUAGCGCAAAGAGAGUAAACAUUUAAAAUUGUUACAUACGAUCUUUUGCGCUAAAAGUAGCAAUGUGUAGUAAGGAAAAGUAUUGUGAUCAUGAAAAAAUGUUUGAAUCCGAGUUUUCAACAGAGAUAUAUGUUUUGAGUAUCUCUGAGUCCAAAUAACCAUGUUUCGUAAAAUGGUCUAUGUAUGUGUCAGUGAGUGUUUGUGAACACUCUAGCUCAGGGGUAUCCAAAUGUUUUAAGCCCGUGGGCCACUUAUAGAAUUACCUGUUCUGGUAGAAACAUAUGCCACUAUGUUGUUGUUUUUAAUACUUGAUCAUUAAGAUUUUUGUUCAGAGAACAUCAUAAAUUUCCAAUUUGAAAUGAAAUGAAAAAAAAAAAAAAUAUUGUGAGACUACAGUCUCCUAAGAAUAAUGAAAAUAAAAACUAAUUAACUGCUUAUUGUUAUUGCAAUUGUGUAGUAGAUUGAAAUUAACCAGUAUACUGAUGUAAAGAAUUUUACAUGUUAGCGAAAGUUUGAAUGUGGAGUAGGUAGUAGAACAGCAGUUGUUUGAAGGAAUUUGUGGAGCAGAAUUGACAUAUGGAGGUAGGUAGAGAGUUCCAAAAGGAGAUAGCAUGUAUGAUGAAGGAUUUGCUGAAGGAAGUAGUUUUAUGGGAGGUGAUAUAUUAAAUCUAUAGGUUGAGACCUGGUAUUUAGAGACUGGAUAGAAGAACGUACAGUAAGGAGUUUCCAGGAUGAAGGGGAGGGGGAGGGGAGUUUGGUUCUGAGAACUUGGAAAAGGAAAACACCAAGGAGGAAUUGUCGUCAGGAAAUAGAAUAAAGCCACUUCAACUUGGUGUACCAGAAUGAAACAUGUGAAAGCCUGGGAAUUCCAAAGAUGUAUCUUAUGAAACUUCAUGAAUUUCUUCAGUCUCAUUUCUAGCCUGGCAGAUAGUCCUCCAUACACCAAACAAGUGUAUGGAAGUGGUUUUAGUCGAAGUGAGGGAAUGUAGGGAGGUUGCAAGGAGCUGUCUGGUAUUUAGAGGAAUACAAUUACGGAAUUUGAUGCCAAUUUAAUGAAGAAAACCCAGUGAAACUGUUGCCAUCUCUAAGCAAGUGAGAGACAAUUGAGAAGAAAAUAACCCCCUAGAGAGCAAGGAUAUAUAAUAAUAAGACAGGCCUCAUCAAUACCAAAGAGACCCACCCAGGGAAUGCCAUAAUAAAACAAACCUUGUAUCUCCUUAUUAUCUAGCAGUUAAAAGAUGCUUAGGGAACUGAGUAACAAAUAGUUGUAAGUACACUAUAAUAGGCAACAGGGAUUUAAAACUCUUAAAAUUUUUAGUGGCAAGAAAAUAGAAAGGUGGGCAAAAUAAUUUUAAUUAUGGGUAAUAUGUGACGCAUGAUGUUAAAUUUAGAAAUGUUUCAUGAAACGUCGACAAACACAUGCAAACAAGACAAUGGGAGUCCACCGGCAAAUGUGGCUACAGCAGUUUCUGUAGACCACAUGAUUCCCAGUGCCAAUCUCAAAUCAAAAGAAGUGUUCAUUAUCUGGUUUUAUUACAUCAUCUUGCCACAAGAUGAAGAUGCUUUUUCAAAGCGCAAUUAAUGUUUAAUGCCCAUUUUAUACUACAGAGUAAUGAAGCCUAGUACAGAGACAAAUUUACACCAAUGAUUUCUAAACUGAGUCUGCUGAUAAGGAACACUAAAGGCUCUGAAGGCAAGCUGCAUUUUGUAACUAUACAGCAGAGGAAAUGUCUAAGCAAUAUCAUAUCUCAUUUUCAUCCCCAAGUAAUAUUAAUCCUGUAAAUAUUUUUGCUACUGUAUUUGUUAAAUAAAAUUUCUAAAAUUGUUGGGAUUAUUAAGAUCACCUUUUUUUUCUGGAAAAUGAUAGAUUUCUUCAAGAAUUCUGACACAACUCCUAACUCAAAAUUAUUAUUAGAAGCUAUCAGUAACUAGUUUAAAAACUUUUGUUAUGCAUACUUGUAAAAUUCAUAUUGUGUGCAGUCUGUACCUUGUGCCUUAAAAUCUUUUAUUUUAUUUAUUACUUUAUAUAACUAUAUAUACUACGCUAAAUAGUCUGUCCAAAAAAACAGAAAAUAGCAGGUUCAGUGUACACUAUCCUUACUGCCUUCUCCAACAAAAUUUUUAUUUUUAAAUUUGUUUACUACUUUUUUAUAGCCUUUUGUGAUAGUUAGUAUUUGUAAUUUGUUUCCAAAAUUAUUAUAAAAUUGUUUUUUCUUCAUCAAACACAAUCUUUCAAACUUUUGUUUUUGAUGGAUAUACGCUAUCUUGUCACCAAAUAAAUGAGUUUCUGUACUUAUUUAAUAGCUUAAAGGAUUGUUUUCUUUCCUUUCCACAUUACCUAUCAAACUAUUUACUCUUAAUCUUUUUUAAUUUUAAUGCUUAUAUCAAAGUUAUAAUUAACAUUUGUAGAUAUUAUUACAGUGUUUAUAAGUUCUUUUACCCGUUCAGUAUUUUGUGUGCUCUGAUUCAUAUAAUCUUCUCUGAUAGCAUUCUUUAUUUUGUAAAGACCAACUUAUUUUUGGCAAAAGAGAUAACACAUCUUGGUUACUGUUUAUAGUU